CGAUACACUGGCAUCAUGAAAAGGGUCUUAGCAUGUCUGCUCGUCACCUCUGCAGCCACAGGCGGGAUGGCGUUUCAGCUGAUGGCAUCCAGCAGCAGCAGUAGAGCCCCUACUCAGAUGAAAGCAUCUGCGUCCGAGAGUGUCUCUCGGCGAGCGCUUUUGGAGAAAGCAAGCGUGGCUGCCGUGGCGGGGGCCGUGGCGUUGACCGGUGUUGCGGGAGAGGCAUCGGCCGGCACCGCUCGACCGUCGGCCAGGAACUUGGCGGAAACCUCGAUAGAGCUCAAUGGAAGCGGGCAGCAGCCCAUCGCGGUCUCUGUCCUUUACCCGAAGCAGUGGACCGUCACCAAGACUGCAGGGAAGAGCAUCAACAUUCAGGACAUGAAGUACACGGACAGGGCGUUUUCUCUUGCGAUGCCGCUGCCUAGCGGCACGAAGAGCGUGGGUGACAUCCCCUUGUCGUUCUUCACGGACGCCUUGUUCAGCUUGGAUGGGCCCUACGGCACCUUUGGCAAGGUUGACGACUUCAAGGUCAUCGGGGCUAAGUCAGAGGCCAAGGGGAAGCGGGACUACAGGUAUGUAGACCUCAAGUUCUCGGCGCCAACUCAGGGGUUAUUGCAGGAGAGCUUCCGCGCCGAUGUGGCCCAGAAAACUCCCGACCCCAGCUCCUUCGCCUUCAAUCGGCGCUAA